UUUGAGGGGUAGAAUCGAGUUACAAAAUGGCGGCCUGGAGGGCUUUGGGCGCUGUUCCCCUGGCGGUCUCUGGCUGAGCGGACGGCUCCCUCCGUCGCUGCCGAGCACAGAGAACCGAGGCGCCCGGGGGACAUGCUGUUGGAGACUCUGGGCCUGCUGACCGCCGAGUCCUCGGAGAAUCUCGGCGCACCGGAAGCCACCAGGCGGGCCACCCGCCGCCGCUUCGGACCCGAGCGCCGCGGCCGCGACCUCGCACCUGCUCGCUGCGGCGCACCCGGGCUUCGCCGCGCCCACGACCCCGCGGGGGCCGCCCGGGAGGUUCAAAAACAUGGCCAAAAGAAUUGCCGAGAAGGAAUUGACAGAUAGGAAUUGGGAUCAAGAAGAUGAAGCAGAAGAGGUGGGAACAUUCUCGGUCGCCAGUGAGGAAGUGUUGAAGAAUAGAGCUAUAAAGAAAGCAAAGCGUAGAAAUGUUGGAUUUGAAUCUGAUAGUGGAGGGGCCUUCAAAGGUUUUAAAGGUUUGUUUGUACCUUCUGGAGGAGGCGGGUUUUCUGGAUUUGGUAGUGGUGCUGGAGGGAAGCCUUUGGAAGGACUGUCCAAUGGAAACAGCGUAACUGGUGCCCCUCCCUUCUCCAGUGCAAGGGCAGCAGCCGAGACCAAGGCAGCCUUUGGAUCUAUUGCCGCAAAUGGCCCUACCUCCUUGGUUGAUAAAAAGAUUUCGAAUCCCAAAACUAACGGCGACAGCCAGCAGCCUUCCUCCUCUGGCCUUACCUCGAGUGCAGCCCCUGUCGGGAAUGCCUAUCACAAGCAGCUGGCUGCCUUAAACUGCUCUGUUCGGGAUUGGAUAGUGAAGCACGUGAACACAAACCCGCUCUGCGAUCUGACACCCAUCUUUAAAGACUAUGAGAAAUACUUAGCCAGUAUUGAGCAGCAACAUGGGAACAGUGGCAGCAGUAAUUCUGAAAGUGAAGCUAACAAAAUGUCAGUUGAAACACAGUCUCCUUCCCUCUUUGGUUCAACAAAAUUACAGCAAGAGUCACCAUUUCUGUUUCAUGGCAACAAAACAGAGGAUACAUCUGCAAAGAAGCUGGAGGCUGUGUCUGAAAAGAAAACGGACCCAUCACUAGGAGCAACAAGUGCCUCAUUUAAUUUCGGCAAGAAAGUUGAUAGUUCUAUUUUGGGCUCAUUAAACUCUGGCCCCUUGACUGGAUUUUCAUUUUCUUCUGGAAACUCCAGUUUAUUUGGCAAAGAUAGUACCCAGAAUAAACCAGUUCCUUCGCCAUUUUCCGCUAAAACACUGGAGAGCCCGGCAGAAGGUGGUAGUAAUGAAUGCAAAGGUGGUGAUGAAGAAGAGAAUGAUGAGCCGCCCAAAGUAGUAGUUACUGAAGUAAAAGAAGAAGAUGCUUUUUACUCCAAAAAGUGUAAACUAUUUUACAAGAAAGACAAUGAAUUUAAAGAGAAGGGCGUAGGUACUCUGCAUUUAAAACCUACAGCGAAUCAGAAGACACAGCUUUUAGUGCGGGCAGACACCAAUUUAGGCAACAUAUUGCUGAAUGUUCUGGUCCCACCCAAUAUGCCAUGUGCCCGAACAGGGAAAAACAACGUACUUAUUGUCUGUGUUCCAAAUCCUCCCGUCGAUGAGAAGAACGCCACCAUCCCAGUUACCAUGUUAAUUCGGGUGAAAACGAGCGAGGAUGCAGAUGAGUUGCACAACAUUUUACUGGAGAAAAAGGACGUCUGAACACACUUCAGCUGAGGAACUGUCGCCAAGUUGCUGCUUCCCCCACUGCCCCUUAAACUUAGUCAGUUUUUCUUCUUUCUUUGACAUUCUAAGAACUUAUAGAUAACUUAAAACUUUUGUGAGGAAGAUUAAUAUGGCCAAUAAAACCUUUAAUGUUAAGUGUCAAGAAACUGUAUUCUCCCUUCUCAAGAACUGUCUAAUGUGUAAAAUACAUUUGAAAGAAAUUUUUUGGAAGAUUUUUAAUGUUCAUUUGUUAAACCAACCACAAGUGAUUUCUUAAUGGACUGCGAUCAGGGUAUCAAUUCGAUUUCCCACAGGCUCCUCCAGUCCGUGCAUUUGGGGUGUGCCGGGCCGGCUGGCUGCGAGAGCCACGCUCUGCUUCCCUGUGAACCGUGCGGCCGCGCUCUCGCUCUCGCCGGGAUGAUGUUUCUUUGCUUUAUUUUAUUAAGUGUUAUUUUAAAGCAGAAAUGUGAGUACUCCGUGUUUGCCUCCAGCAUGGGAGUCGUUAGCUCUUGACUGGUGAGGGUGGCCUCGAACCCUGUGGCUGCUUCACUGGGGUUCAGGAACAGCUUUUUCAUUUGAAGAGCAAACAAGGAGCUUGUAGCUUGGUUUUGUGGAUUUGGUUUGUAGUUUUACUCAUGAGGUGCUGUCACUUCUCUGUGCCCCUAGAGACACACGGGGCAGAGGGGGAUUGGCAGGAAUGAGGUUUAAAAGCACAAAUUUGGUAGCUGUCGACCAUGGACAGUAAACCCUUACAAAAACUAAAGUUAGGUCACCGUGGAGCUGCAGCAGGGAGAGAAUGCACUCAGUUCGUUCCCGCGGCGGCCCCCAUGGAUCUCAGAACUGCCGACGACGAGAGGGCAGGCGGAGGGGCUUUACCGCGCCGAGUGCUGCGAGUCGGCCAGGAGCACGCAAGGAGGGGAUGGAAGAGAAAGCGGAAUGUUCCCGUGGACUGUGGACGGCAGUGCAUUCCACGGUCCAGAGCUGAGAUUUCCAUUUGCUUUUUUAAGAGUGAGACACUCAGUGUGCCCGUUUGGAAGGGAGCCGUGGUCGUGCACGGAAGUCUCCACGUCACUUCAUAGCUGGCAGGCGGCCAGCACCGCAUUCUUUGAAGACUCUGGGUACCUGAGUUAGAUGCAGAUUGUAACGUUUAGACGUCCACUUUCAUUCCUCAUGACUCUCUCAGUGCUGGUGCCAGGCGCUCUUGUUUGAAGGCUCAGGGGCCGUGCCUGAGGGCUCAUACUUGUAUAUUCUGACCUGCAGUGCAUAAUGUCUUCUGACUUAGAAAAGAGUGGUCAAAGUCAUUGCAGAUAGUGCGGUUGCUUUUUUUAAAAAAAACGAAGCUACAACUUUUAGAUGUGAAGGGGGCGGGGAAGCUUUUGUGAUUAAAUAUGUUGACUCUGAAAUACUUGAGAGAAGGCAGUGGGGCCGGUGUUUGUCCAGAGGUUCUUGUACCACUGAUCCCAGUUUUCUGAUUCCACUGGGAGAACUGGGCCCAGUGUGUGACUUUGGAUAAAUGCACGUGGAGAGGAGUGCUUGCGUUCAUACAGAAUGUGGGCAGACCCAGCUGCGCUCUGAGACCUGGGGAGGAAGUGGCAAUCAUUGUUGCAUUUACUUUUUAGAAUUGAGACUAUUGGUGAGUGUGUGACACAUGACUUAGAGUGAGCAAGUGGUUGAUGGUGUUACAGUAAUCCUGGCCCUGCCCUGUUCGCUUUAGGUGUAUCCGGCUGGUGCAAGGCUGAGGAAAGGAGGGGAACAGCUUUCACUGUUACGGCUCAGUCACACAGGCUCCCAUGGUCCCAGCCAGAACAGGGACCUUCAGUCUUCCUGGCGGCUUACUUUGUCAGCCCCGGCCUGUGUGGUGGGAUGUUCGCAUUGGCGUGGAGAGGUCAGGAUUAGAUUACCUUUUACCCACCUGUAAAAACAGUUUCUCUCUCUUUAAGUUAGUGCAUAUGCCUGGCUUUCUUUUUUCUAACAUUCCCAGCAAAUUCUUGCUGCUAAGACUGGCGCUGUUGAAGUGAAAAUUACGGGGAGACUGAUGUGUGUAUCCUAACUCAGAAUGUGUCAUUUCCUCAGAAUCAUUCUUAUGCUUUAGGAACUUGUUGGUCUCUGCUUUAAUUGUGUAUUAGGAUAAAAGAGCCUAAGUAUAUGUAGAUUUUACCGUAAAAUCUAGAUUCUUGUGUGUGACUUCGGGGAACAGGCCCCCUCGGCCUCCAGAGGGCUUACCUUUUCUUCCCCACUGUAUUAACUGCUAAAUUCUGUGCCAAGAGUUUAGUUAGAGUUAUUUUUAACGAAGUAUUAGAAAUUAGGCUUUAAAAUGUUUAAUGUGACUGAAAUUUUCAUCUUUAGUUUGAGGAUCUAUGAGGUGUAUCAGAUACGUGGCCUAAAGUGAGCUGUGUAUAUCUCUAAUUCUAAAUCUGAUUGUGUUGCAUCUUGACAAAUACUGAGUAUCCCAGUGGCCUUUUUUUUUUUUAACUCAUGUGUGUCCAUCUUACUCUUUUGAGCAUUCCCAGUAAGCAAAAAAUGGAGUGUUAUGCUGUCUCCAUCAUUAGUGCUACAGACUGAAAAAUGCGUGCCCAGUUUUUAAAGUUCAGAUUGUGUUUUCCAUGGAAGGACAAGUCUGACUGUUUGUGGACUGAUUUUCUUGAAAAGGAUUAUUGUUUUAUAAUUCUAAAUCAUAUUUUUGACAUGCUGCAUGCCAAAAGUAUCUACCUGGUCUGGGGUAGAGGAAGAAACUAAUACUUCACCUUACUAUUAGAGUUCAAAACAAGUUUUCACGGAGAAAGCCUUUUGGGUUUAGUUUUAAAGGUAAACAAGUUUGUUUUUGAGCAUUUGUCAGUUAUUCUUACAUUUCAGAACAGUCAGAAUGCAAGCCCAGUGCACUUGAAGACUUUGCAGACUAAAUGGCUCACUCCCAAACCCGAGUAUCCGUUCUCAUUCUGGAAGUGAGAAUUUUAGGUAGAAACUGGUCCCUCCUUGCAGUCCUGUGCUCUGAGCACAAGGCGCUGGGGGCCUCGGCCCGCGCACGCACCGAGGACUAGCUGCACACGCAGCUGUGGCGGAGCCGGAAACUUCUUAGCAAUCAAAUGGAUAGAGUGUUUGCUUUCUAUUUUAAAUAGGAAAUUGUUUUCUAAAACUAAAAUACUUGAAUUGUCAGACAAUGUAAUCUCACUUUGUAUUGGUUUUUGGAUGAUCCCAUGGAGGAAGUGUAAAAAUCCAUGAAAUGUGAAUAAAUGGAAAGUAAACAAAA